AUGGUUGUGUUGAGGAAACAACCGAGUUCGAGGACACCCAGCAUGAGCCGUCAAGAGGCUGAGGAUGUGCUGAUGAAGGAUGAGGAGCACGAAACGCCUGAAGAGGAAGCGAGAGAAAGGGCGGUGUCAGUACUAAGUAACGCAAAGUUGACCAAGCAAAUCAGGACAGAGCUAGAAGAAGGAUGGAAUCAAGUGAAGGAGGCAGUGGAAGACCUAGAAAGGAGGGUACUCUGUCACUCCAUGGUGCCUGAGGGGCUAAUGAGAGAGAUCAUAGCUACCCUCGCACAAAGGGUAAUUGAAUCAGAACAGGAGUGGAGAGAGUACGUAAGAACUGUAGAGAAGGAUGGAGAGCUGAUUAACGAGUUAUGCAAACAUUUAGAUACCGAUGUUUUCCAGCUGAAAAGGACAGUGGAUCGAGAUGCGGCAAGGCCACCAAUGUGGAUGAGCAGGCACUGCUGCCGGGAAGUGAAGUUGCCAUACCUGCUUCCUCGUGAGCAGGAUCCGUCGAUAGUGGAUUCCUUCCAGGUGUCUGCCAGUUGA